AUGGUUAGACGGAAGAUUGUUGCUGCACCGAGAGUCGAUCUAGGAUUUUGGUAUGUUUGGGAAGUGCUAGGAAGGUCUUACGGUUUGGGUAUUAUCGAAUUACGUGGCUUGCAAGAACAGUCUGAUGAAGAUUCUGACAAGGAGUCUGAUGAUUCCAACGAAGAUCGAUGGAGAAGACGUCAAUUCAGUAUUGGAAAACGUGAAUGCUUCAUUUGUGGGAAGGGGGACGAAUCUGAAGAUACGGAAUUUGUUCGUCGCCCUUCAAUUAGCGUUGAGAGUAAUUGCAGUGAUGAGGAUGCAGUCACUGUUGACGAGGAUGUUUCUGCUUUCGGUCAUAAUAAAAUUAGGAAAUGCAGUUUCUCAUCGUGCACUUUGCGAUUCCACGAAAACUGCUUUUUGGUUUUUGCAGAAGGUGACUUCUUGCCAAGAAUCCAUAUAUUCGAUAGACAUGGUGAUCUUUGUAUUAAUUUAGAAGAUAGUAAAAAGUGGAUAUGUCCUCAACAUGAAUGCAAUUUUUGUCAGCAGGAGCUUUUGCGAACACGGGCUUUUCAAGGGAAAUUUAUACGGUGCGUCAAAUGUGUGUUCGCUUGGCAUCGUUCAUGUGUCAUAGUUGGUUCGCUGCAUAUAAAUCGAAAACAUGAUCGCUACGUACUUUGUCCAAGGCAUAAUACUGUGAAACGUUCGUCAAAACGAAAUAUUCCAUAUUGCGUCAAAUGUGAAAAUUCUUUCGAAAAUGAAUAUCAGAAAGUGGCGUGUGGCUCUUGCAUACGUUCUUUUUGCCAUAGCUGUGUUGCUGAACAAAAUAAAACCAAAGAAAAGGAAGCCGAAAAUACUGCAUUUUUAUGCGAUUUUUGUCGAUGCUUCGAUUUUCCGAGAAUUGGUGACUAUGUUCUGGCAACUUACAAAUCGAGCUUUUGGCCAGCAAGAACUCUCCAUGCUGAUUUAUUACCAAUAUCGCUGUAUUCUAAAAAUAAUUUGAUUGAAAAACUUCGCAAGCCGGGCUAUGUGCUUGUACAGUGGGUUGAAGGAUUGGAUAUUCCAAAUUAUGAUGUCGUAACAUGUAGAGAUUUGGUACCACUUCCAAAGACACUGAGUUGUUCAUUUUGGAAGCGUAUGAAAGCACAUGCAAAGAUUUACAAAGCUGCUGAAGCUAUAUACGCUAGUUCGAAAGCAGCGGUUGGUGUCAGGCGCCCAAUUCCACGAGAAGUUAUGGUAGAAACAUUACCAAAGUAUACGAGAAUCAAGACAAAUAUAAACAUGCGGCUAGCCAGAGCUUCAUCGGACACAAUCGAAUUGGGUCAUUGUGAUUGCGAACCUAUCAAUGGAAUGCGUUGUACUGCUUCCCAUAAUUGUUUGAAUCGAAUCUUGAUGACAGAAUGUCCUGAGGAUUGUGAUGCAACCUACUUCGAAAGGCACAAUGCACAUAUAGGUGGUACAAAGCGACAGAUAUCGAAAAGAAAUGCUGAAUUGCUUGGUAGUGAAAAUUUCCUUUUACUGCCGUCACAACAGAUGUGUACGAAUAAUUUUUUGCGGCAUCAUGAUAUCAAUAAUGAUAAUUUAUUUAUGGAGGAAAAACCAACUAAAUUGAAAGGUUUUGGCGCCUUCGCGAAGUGUGAUAUAGAUAAAGAUACUGAUUUGACUGAAUACGUUGGACAUGUGAUGACAAAGGAGGAAUAUUUGGAAAAACUGCGGUUUCGUUGUUUAUUUAAUGAUUUGGAGGCGUCAUAUUUUGGGAUGCAGUUGACAAGUGGUUUUUAUGUGGAUGCACGAAAUUAUGGCAAUAUUGCUCGGUCGUUCAACCACUCAUGUGAACCGAACACUAAAGUGGAUGCUAUAGUGGUUGAUGGAAUUUAUAGACUCAAAAUUUCGACAGUUAAGAAAAUCAAACGAGGUGAGGAGUUAACCUUUGAUUAUGAUACGGAAAUUAUUGAAGGCCUUGUGGGCAUGAAAUGCUUCUGUGGUUCGACAAACUGUAGACGCAUAAUUGGGAAAAAAAAGGCUGCAAUUGUAAGAGGUCGCUCUGUAUUGAACGAACGCAUCAACAAUAAUAACGGAGGAGAUGCUCAUUCGGAAACAACCGGAUCCGAGAGUUUCAAUUUGAUUUGUGAAAAUAUCGAUCAUUCCGAACAAGAGUGUGCACAAAAGAAGCGAAGGAAAUAUCUCGACGGAAAUAAAGGCGCAAUAAAAGGUCAAGCUUACUCUAUGAGGAUGAAAAGCAAUGGUAAAAAGAAGCGACCACGGCAAUUACAAAUACGUCUUUCUGGAGAGAUUAUUCAAAAUGAAAAUAUUGGAAGUGAAGUUGAAAAGCACUUGCGGGUUUCCAAUGUUUUUGUGAAAGAAAAUCAAUCAAGGAAACAGCAGUUGAUUGACUUAAAGGAUGGAAAUUCUCGACACAAAUGCUUAAACUGCCAAAACUAUUAG